AAACUUUUCAAAGAAAUUUCCUUGAUCUUAUUAUUAUACUAUAUAUUUCUUGGAAUUUCAUGAUACUGUAUAUGUAUGCAAUGCCAUACCAACAUUGGACACGACAUGACCAUAAUGUUCCAUAAAUAAAGAGUGUACCCUACAAGGACCCAACAAAAUUGUGCAAUUCUCUUCUCACCAUAGACUGUGUUGGAACGUGCAAAUUUCUCCUUUAUAUGCACCAAAUUUAAACGGCCAAUGAUGACUCAAGAUCAUUUUAAGGAUUUUGCAACACAAAAAUAAACUAGGAAAAAAAAUUAAAUAAUAAAAUUAAAAAAAAAAAAAGGAGGAAGAGGAAAAUAUUUCUGAAAAAUGCAGAAUUUACCUAAUUCUGCAGAUGGAAUAUUCUGAUCAUAGACCCUUUUUUUCUAUUCUUAAUCUUCAUCAACAGGCAGAGGAGGUUGCAAUAAGAAAUAUCAUAGCUUGUGGGCAAAUACGAGUAGCAGAAUCGUCGUCGUCGUCAUCAAUUCAUCAUCAUCAUCAUCAUCAUCGUAUAAUAAAGCAAAACAAAAAGGAAAGAAUUCAUAUUAAGAUUGUUGACAAGGGUGAAGAAGAAAAAGAUGAAUCAAGACCGGAUGGAAUCUUGUCAUGAUCAUCUUAAAAUAACAAGAUUACCUUAUAUACCAGAAAAAAUAGGUGACUUGGUUUCAUUCUCAAUAAGAGUAGGCAUAAUUAUCUGCCUUAUAGCAUCGAUAUCACUUGCUAUCCAUUCAACAUUCGCUAAACCAGACCGAUGGUUUCCAUUACCGGAGCAUUUACAUGUUAUACAGAAUGUUUCAGUCAUUACCAUUGACACAAUACCAACAAACAUCUCACAUAUUGUAUUCGGCAUUGCUGGUUCAUCGAAAAUGUGGCAUAGCCGUAGCAACUACAGCAAGCUUUGGUGGAAUCCAACUGCUUGCAGAGGUUUUGUCUGGUUCGACAAGAAACCAAAGAAUUUGAAGCCGGACAAUAUGCUAAUUCCAUAUAAAAUCUCACAGGGAUGGACUAAGUUCAGGUACUUGCACUCUGCGUCCGCAGUUCGGAUAUCGCGGAUAGUUUACGAAAGCUUUAGACUUGGUUUGCCAAAUGUUAGGUGGUUUGUAAUGGGAGAUGAUGAUACGGUGUUUUUCCCCGAGAAUUUAGUUACUGUGUUGGGAAAAUAUGAUCACAAUCAAUUGUAUUAUAUUGGUGGGAAUUCUGAGAGUGUGGAACAAGAUGUUAUGCAUUCUUAUGAUAUGGCUUUUGGUGGCGGUGGUAUUGCAAUCAGUUAUGCAUUAGCAGCUAAACUAGCCAAUAUUAUGGAUUCUUGUCUUCAUAGAUACUAUUAUUUUUAUGGUUCUGAUCAAAGAAUUUGGGCCUGUGUAAACGAAUUAGGAGUAUCUCUUACCAGAGAAAGAGGAUUCCAUCAGCUCGACAUUAGAGGGAAUCCAUAUGGUCUUUUAGCUGCGCACCCUCUGGCACCGCUUGUGUCACUCCAUCACCUUGAUCAAUUGAACCCGGUGUUUCCGGACCAAAGUCAAAUCUCUUCAUUAAAAAAACUCAUCAGUGCAUACGAAAUUGACCCUGCAAGGAUAGUGCAGCAAAGCGUUUGCUAUGAUCAUAGGCGAAGAUGGUCAAUAUCUAUUUCUUGGGGCUACACAAUACAAAUCUAUACAUCGUUGUUGAUAACAGCGGAUUUGCAGAUGCCAUUUCAGACAUUUAAAACAUGGCGAAGUUCAAGUGAUGGUCCUUUCACGUUUAAUACUCGAUGGAUGAACCCUGACGUAUGCCAGCAGCCAUCUAUAUUUUUCCUGGAUCAGGUUAGCGAGGCGAGGACUGGAAGUGUCACUACCUAUAAGAGAUAUGCUGACAAGGAUGGAAAGAAGUGCAAGAGAGCAGAUGGAGAAGUGCAGAGAAUUAAAGUUUCUGCCUUGAAGCUGGAUCCAGAAUAUUGGAAGAAUGUACCACGUAGGCAAUGCUGCAACUUCAUGGAUGGUGGAAGCAUAAAGGAUGGAAGUGUGCAUAUCAGAAUAAGGAAGUGCAGGCCUCAAGAAACAAUUACUAUUUAGAGAUUAGUUGUUUUUGUUGGUCGGUAUAGAUUACUAUAGAAGUUAAGUGAGUCUUGUAGGGUUGUACUUCACAUUUUCAGCUAUGUAGAUAUAUAAUUGUCAGAAUACUCAUAUAAUCUCAACUUUUAAUAAAUAAAUGUCUUAGGAAGUUUUCCACUUGUGUUUUGAAGUGAUA